AUGGAAAAUCAGCUUGUAGUUGUUAUUACUGGCGCUGGUAGAGGUAUUGGAAAUUCUUUAGCUCAGGCUUAUCUCCCACGUCCAAAUUGUACGGUAGUGGGGAGCAUUCGCGAUGAGAAAGCAUCGUGCGUUACUGAGUUGAAGACAUCCCCAAAAGGAAGCGGAUCCAAACUACUCCUGGUCAAGAUCAAGAGUUCCGUGCCUGGAGACGCAAAACGUGCAGCAGAUGAAAUCAAGGCAUCAGGCAUUGGCCAUAUCGAUAUCGUGGUAGCAAAUGCUGGAAUUAGCCCGCCGAUCGUAUCGCUUGAGACAGUUAAUCUUGAGGAUGUAGUCGGCGCGUUCAACAUCAACGCUGUCGGUACUAUCGCUCUGUACCAGACUUGCCAUCCGUUACUCGAAAAGUCUCUCAAUGCUAAGUUCGUAUCUAUCAGCAGUGCUGCUGGCUCCAUUGGCGCCAUGGAAUCUUAUAACGCACACGUUGCGCCGGCAUACUGUAUUUCAAAAGCUGCUCUUAAUUGGAUUGCCAUGUAA